CGAGUACUUAUAUUUAUUGUUUCAAUCAGUCAGCAAAUAUUUAUAACUUCCAAUAGUUUUCGUGAAGGUUUCGUUGAAAUCAACUGAAAAAAGGUUUUGUUUGGUUUGCUAUGUAUCAGAAAAUGGUAGAUGAUGAGAGAGAACCGCUACUAUCAAGUAAUUAUAGUAAUCCUGAAACAGAUGAUACUUCGCAAAUAAAAGGACCAUCUUUGGGAAUACGACAUGUCCAGGCUAUGCUCAUGUUUCUACUUCUAUCAAUUGGAGUUGGAAUGAGGGUGCACUUAUCGGUUGCAAUAGUUGCAAUGACAGACAAUACUACCAGUUCAAAUCCUGAUGUACCGACUUAUGACUGGACCAACAAGAGUGUGAUAUUGUCCUCGUUUUACUGGGGCUACAUCUUGCUGCAGCUCUGGGCGAGCGAACUUGGAAGAAAUUAUGGCACCAAGAAAUUUCUCAUUGGCUCAAUGUUCAUCAAUUCGACUGCUUCGAUGUUGGUCCCAGUUUUGGCAGAACAGCUAGGAUCCUAUGGGGUUAUGGGAUGUAGAGCAGUCCAAGGAUUAUCUCAAGGAUUCUUCUACCCUUCGAUGUACAAUAUUCUCGGCAGAUGGAGUCCAAAGGAAGAAAGAUCGACUUUGGGAUCUUUAGCAUUGAGUG